AUGGAGCCAACAACAUCAGUCAUCAUUUCUCCCAAACAACAUCAAAAUGCCAAAGGUGUUUGCAUUGUAAUUGACGUUCUUCGAGCGUCUUCAGUCGAAGCUCACCUUUUCUUAUGUGAAGCCAAGACUAUAAUUCCACAGGCUUCCAUUGAGUCGACUUUAGAAAUGAAAAAAAAAGACCCAACAGUUGUUCUCAUUGGGGAGAGAGGCGGUAAGAAGUAUGAAGGAUUUGACUUUGGAAACUCCCCCACUGAGUUGUUAAACAACAAAGAUCUGAUUAAAGGGAAAGUUUGUGUCCAUAACACACAGCAAGGGACACAAUCACUUGUGGCCUGUAUUAACAACCCAAAUGUUACAGAUGUCUUUAUGUGUUCGCCAAACAACUGUCAGGCUACAAUCGACUAUGUCAAGAAGAUGAAACCGAGCCAUGUCACUUUUGUUGCUUCGGGUGAUGAAAUAGCUUGUCGAGAAGAUUUGCUCUUUGGAAUGUAUCUUGAGGCUCUAUUCCUUGACAAGAAGCCCCCACAAACAUACAAAGAAAUGAUCGACGAUGUGAAGAAUGCAUCGGGGAGUAAAUUCUUCAAGAACGUCUCAUAUUUUCCCGAAGUUGAUUUCUAUGAAUGUUACAAAUUAGACUUAGUUGAUGUUGUUAUGAAGUUUGUUGAUGGAGAAAUCAAGUGUGUGCAUUAA